AUGAGUCGCGAUAUAUUCCGGAUUUUCAAGCCUGAUGGAAAAAGCGAGGACCCCGUAGCCAAACGCCGGGGACAACUCCGUCGUGCUCAGCAAACGCAUCGGAGGAAAGAAAAGUACACCAAAUGCCUCGAACAGCAGCUAGCACAGGCCGCCCUCCGCGAGAACGGUCUUACUCAGGAGGUUGAAAGGCUUCGCGGCACCACCGAUGCUCUCAUCAGCUACCUGUCCCAGCAAGGCAUUGAGCUCCCUCCUGGUCUAUCGCUCGGCUCGGCCCGGAGCGAGGUGCACACGCAUUACAGUCCACUAUAUGGGGGCCACACCCCAAAUACGGCGACAACUUCCCCAGCCACUACAUUUGACGACCUACUCUCAAGUCAACAGGGGCUCAACAUGUUAACACCAGCUGCAUUUGACACCAACUCUCAUUCUCCUCAGACUUCCGAUCUGGAUAGGAUAAGGAUGGAAUUCGUUCUCAGGCUCGAAAGCAUCUGCCUUGGCCAUAUUCAUGGCGAUCCAAAUCAACCAGAUGAUCCCCACGGUCAUACAUUUACGGCAACAAUGAUGCUAGAAUCAUGCAACAUGCCACAUGUCGACAAAACGUCCCAAGCAGCCCCAGUAGCAAUCCUUGAUCGACUCCUUCGUCUUUCGCCUGAGCUGUGUCCCGGGACGGAGCAGACGCCGGUACAGAUAUGGGAGCACAUCCAGAAUCAACCAUAUUCCGGUCAGAUCGACGCACAAAGACUAGAUCUGCUGGCGGAUAAGCUACGAGAUGCGGCUAAAUGUCAUGGAUUCGGAGCAGUGGUCGAGUCCGCAAUGGUGGACAAAUUACUAUUAGAGAUGGUACGGCGUGGCGGCUUCAAGCCAUGA